AUGGUCGACGACCCCAACACCGACGAGCUCAUCCGCUGGUCGCCCGACGGCGCCUCCUUCUUCGUCCCCAACCACGUCCGCUUCGGCGACGAGGUGCUCCCGCGCUUCUUCAAGCACAAUCGCUUCUCCUCCUUCGUCCGCCAGCUCAACAUGUACGGCUUCCACAAGGUGCCCCACCUCCAGCAGGGCGCGCUCAAGCACGACUCGCCCCAGGAGUCCGAGCUCUGGGAGUUCUCCAACCCGCACUUCCACCGCGACCAUCCAGACUGGCUCGCCAAAGUGCAGCGCAAAAAGGGCCCGCGCGACGAUAAGGACAACCAGGCAGAGCGCGAGUCUGGCGCCGCCACUACUGGUCAGGAGCUCAUGCAUGCAGGCGCCCUCAUGCGCACCGACUUUGGCGCCAAGGACGCCGCAGGCGAAGGCGGCGCCCUCCAGCUCGCCAGCGUGCUCAACGCCAUCAACGCCAUCAAAAACGCCCAGACCAGCAUCAGCUCCGACCUCCGCCAUCUGCAGAACUCCAACCAGAACCUGUGGCAGGAGGCCGUAGAGAGUCGACAGCGCGCAAAGCGGCAGCAGGAGACCAUCAACAAGAUCCUCCGCUUCCUCGCAGGCGUCUUUGGCAACCAGGACGAUCCGGAGACGCCCGUGCCCGGCAAGAAGGGCGUCUCGGCCAAGGGUCGCGGCGGCGCUGGCGGCAGGAGGGUCGGCGUGCGUCCGCAGGCGCGCAACAAGGGUCGCCUCAUGAUCGAGGACGGCAAGUCGUCGCCCGUGCGCGGUCUCGAAGGCCUCGAACUGCCCGCGGACGAGGAGGAGAUCGAAGAGAUGCCAUCCCACCUCCGCUUCCAAGAAGCCAGCAGCAGCGGCGAUUCGCCCAAGGGCAACAGCCCCUCCACCAACCAGGGCGGCUCGCGCUUCACCCAGAUCGGCUCGCCGCCCAGCAACUCCAUGGCAGCCGAUCUCAGCGGACACCUCAACGAGGCCGUUUCCACACCCGGCGGCUCGCGCAGGCUCUCGUCGCAGGCGAGCAAUCAGGUGCUCAACGCGCUUGCGUCCGGCGAGGGCAACGCGUGGCUCGCGAGUCUCUUUGGCGCCAGCCUCGCCAACCAGGGCUCCAAGUCCACUGGGCCGGCAUCCGGAGGAGGCCUCAAGCUCGACCCGCACAUGGUGGCUGCGUUGCAGCAGGCGCUUGCGAGCGCAGGCAGCGGCGCACAGUCAGGCUCGUCGAACGAUGGCGGCAACGACUACUUUGGUGGCGGCAGCACCGACGCCGCCGAUCUCUCGUCGCGCUUUUCGACGUUCCCCAACUCGACCGCAAGCAGCAAGGGCAGCGCAUCGCAGCCGGUCGACAGUUCGAGCUCGGGGCAGGGGUUGGGUCUGGAUGCGGACGCGCUUGCCAGGAUUGCGGGGAUCUCGCAGGCGCUUAUCCAGUCGCCCGCGCGCCAGAACUUUGGCACGGCAGCGGGUGGCUAUGUCACAUCGCCCACCAAGAGCUCUGGUGCAGGCGUGCCGCUCGAUGGUGGCGACGAUAGCAGCAACCAGCAGCUUGCCUUGUCGCUGUCGCGCGCCACGCGCGAUCUGAACAACACCUCGCAAGACGUCGACCACGUACAGAACAGCAUCAACUCGCUCAUCGAAGGUCUGCAGACCAACCCGAACCUGCUCCAGGGUUUGACGAGUCAGCCACCGGCGAGUGUAGACGUGCCCGCGAGUAGUGCGUCGAUGUGGCAGCAGCCUGUCGACCCAGCGAACGCGUUUGGAGCUGGCAUGCUGGGUAACAGUGCGCCGUUUGAUGCAGGUAUGGCGUAUGGUCCUACGGGCACCACUCCUCCUCCAUCGUCAGCGGUCGGUGCGGGUACAGGCGCGCCGCCGGGUGGCAUGGAGCCGGACUUUGACGUGGACUCGUUUUUGAGCCAGUUUGUCGACUCGUCCCAGGCGCCAGGGGGUGGCGUGGCGAGUCCGAGCGCCCAGACUUUCGGCGAGUCGCCCUCGUUUGCGUUUUCACCCGCGACGACUGCUGCGUUCUUGCACGGCGCGGCAGGACCACCGGUGGGAGAGGCGGCGGGGAUCUAUGCGGCAGAAACGGGAAGCGGGUCUAGCGCGGCUAGUACCCCGCCAGAAAAGGGCGUGGCGGGAAAGAAGAGAAAGCCUUCGGCAGGGGCGGUUGGCGCAGCGGUGCAGGAUGUAGACAUGGCCCCUAGGCCCCAGAAGAAGUCGGCGGCGCGAAGGUAG